CUUGUUGGUGCGAGCGCGCGCUCUCAGCCUCCUCCUGGCCGCGUGCGCUGAGACAUACAGUUUUCAUGCAGAGAGAGGAGCGGCGCACAAGAGCUCGUUCUCUAUCUCACUCUCUUCGCUCUUGCUUGUCCAGAGAAAUUACAAUAUUCAUCACUGGGCGAACAACCCUCUGUAUUCUCUGUUACACUGUCGCGAAGAAGCUCAAUUCGCUCUCAUCUUCAGAGUUCCCAGGGUUCUCGAGCUGUGCCCAGAUGACAGGCUUUCAAAGAUGGCACAAUAACAGUUCCAGUGAUGCCUGACCAUGACAGCACAUCCCUCUUAAGUAGACAAACCAAGAGAAGAAGAGUUGACAUAGGAGUGAAGAGGACUGUUGGGCAAGCGUCUGUGGUUUUCACCCGAGCAAAAGCAACCUUUUUUAGUGCCAUGAAUCCCCACGGCUCCGACCAGGAUGUUGAGUGUUCUGUUGUGCAGCACGCAGACAGCGAAAAGUCCAACGUGCUUCGCAAGCUGUUGAAGCGGGCGAACUCUUAUGAAGACGCUAUGAUGCCCUUUCCGGGGGCAACCAUCAUCUCCCAGCUUCUGAAAAACAAUUUGACCAAAAAUGGAGGCAGUGAGGCUAAUUUCCAGGGAAGUGGCCUCUCGAGCACUGGUUCAGAGAUCCAGCAAGAGGAUGCUUGCAGCAAUUCCUCACGGGGCAGCCCUCAGGAGUGCCUUUCACCAUUCAACAGGCCCUCCAUGACCCAAUUUGAUAUAGAGAGGCUAACAGAUGAGCAUCUUAGGGCCAAAAGAGCCCGAGUGGAGAAUAUCAUCCGUGGGAUGAGCCAUUCUCCCAGCGUCACGCUUCGUGUAGGUGAUAAUGAGCGCGAGGGGGCAGCCCAGCCCCCGAGUCCUCGUGAGAACUACCGGGAAAACAAGCGCAAGCAGAAACUGCCACAGCAGCAGCAACAGAGUUUUCAGCAGCUCGUCUCUGCGCGCAAAGAGCAGAAACAUGAAGAACGCCGGCAACUGAAACUGCAGCUGGAGGACAUGCAGAAGCAACUCCGGCAACUGCAAGAGAAGUUCUACCAGAUUUACGACAGCACUGAUUCUGAGAACGAUGAAGAUGGAAACAUCUCUGAAGACAGCAUGCGUUCCGACAGAAUGGACAAUCGUGCCCAUGACUCUGUCCCAGAUCGCUCCGACAACGAGAUGUCUGACGUGGAUCCGGGGCACUUCUUGGAUCGAGCAUGUGCACUUAUUCGAGAGCAGAACAUAGUUACAGAGGGGGACAAACCCAAGCGCGAUGGGUCACGAGGAAAGAACCAGGGACCAAUCUCCAUGCAUGCAGAGGGUAAACAGCUAGCAGAGACACUAAAACAGGAGCUCAAUACAGCAAUGUCCCAGGUAGUGGACACUGUGGUGAAGGUCUUUGCUAAGCCUCCACGCCCAGUUCCUCAGGUUUUCCCACCCCUGCAGAUGCCUCCUAAUCGUUUCGCAGUCAAUGGAGAAAACCCAAACUUCCAUACUGCCAACCAGCGCUUGCAAUGUUUCGGUGAUGUCAUCAUUCCUAAUCCCCUGGACACUUUCGCUAACAUGCAGGUGCCCAACUCAAAUGACCAAACAGAGGCCCUGCCUUUGGUAGUGAGAAAGAACUCCUCAGAUCAGACUGGGUCUCUUCCCACACCUGGGGGUCACCACCAUCCCUCCCUCCACCCCUCACACUUAUCUUCCACAAUGGGCUUUAGUCCUCCCUCUUUCCGCCAUCCUUUCCCCCUUCCUCUAAUGGGCUACCCUUUCCAAAGCCCCUUAGGUGCCCCAACAGGUCCUUACCCUGGAAAGGAUAGGUCUUCUCCGGAAUCUCUGGAUCUGUCCAGAGAGACCACCAUUCUACGGACCAAGAUGUCAUCCAACCAUCUGAGCCACCAUCGUUCCAUCUCACCAACACACCCAGGGAAUGAAGGUUUGUCCUUGUCCCUCAUCAAGUCAGAGUGCGGAGACCUUCAGGACAUGUCUGACAUCUCCCCAUAUUCAGGAAGUACAAUCCAAGAAGGGCUUUCUCCGAACCAUCUGAAGAAGGCCAAGCUGAUGUUCUUCUAUGCACGCUACCCCAGCUCCAACAUGCUGAAGAUGUUCUUCUCAGACGUGAAGUUCAACCGCUGCAUCACAUCUCAGCUGAUCAAGUGGUUCAGUAACUUCCGUGAGUUCUACUACAUCCAGAUGGAGAAAUUCGCUCGGCAGGCCAUCAACGACGGCAUAACAGGGACAGACGAGCUGAGCGUGAGCCGGGACUGCGAGCUUUUCCGCGCUCUUAACAUGCACUACAACAAGGCCAACGAUUUUGAGCAGGUUCCGGAGCGAUUCCUGGAAGUGGCACAGAUCACGUUACGGGAGUUUUUCAAUGCCAUUGUGGCAGGCAAAGAUGUUGAUCCUUCCUGGAAGAAGGCCAUUUACAAGGUCAUCUGCAAGCUGGACAGUGAGGUCCCAGAGAUUUUUAAAUCUCCCAAUUGUCUGCAGGAGCUUCUGCAUGAGUAGUGAUUUUAAUUGCAUACCAAGUAUCAUCCCUUCUUUUCCUGAAUCUUUACGAAGUAAGAGGUAGCAUUCCUGUUUUUAAGUCCCAGCUACUUUUAAUUGACUUGGCUGUUAAUUUUUUGGGGGGAAAGUCUAUAAAAUUCUUGAUUGUUUUUGACUGUAUUCAAUCCUUACCCCCUUUUUCCUUGCCUUUAAAAUGGGCAUUACUAUGUUGACCACACAAUGGUUAACAAAUGGAACUGACUCCCUUAUUUUCUCUCUUUUAUUGGUCAUUUUUGUUGAGGGCUUUGUUUUAUCCCCUGUGUGAUGGUUUUACUAUUGCUGAAUAAGACUUGCAUUUGUAGCUUGUAUAGAUGUAAUUAUUAUUUAUGAUUAAUAUAAUUAUUACCAUUAAUGUUAUUAAUGCUUGCUGCAAAAAAGGAAGGAAGGAAAAGAAAGACAAAAAAUUUACAUGUGAUAUUCUUGUUUCUCAUGGCAAUGCUACAGAAAAUAAAUUAUUCUUUGAAAAAAAAUAAUACAAAUAAAGAGGGGUAUACAUUUUC